UGCUGCUUUGUGACUAAUCAUAAUGAUAUCAUAAUCCUGACAAAUAUUAUCCACACUCCUCAGGGAUAUAUUAGAUUGGCCGGUCAUCGGUUCACACGUAUGACAAGUUAUUAUGAGUUUCCCAUAGACUCUGCCGACAUAGAUGGAAAUAUAUAUUUGUGUAUACCACUUACCCACUCCUCGUAAUGUUCUGUAUUCCGUUGUUGUAUUUACUGAGGAAGAUACAGUCGACGUAGUAGCCACCAAAUGGAUAACAGAUAAUGGCACGGCAGUGUACUGGCCACCAACUAAUAAAGGACAGUCAAUAUCAAGGCUUGUGAUGGGGCUUGUUGUUCCUAAUAAUGACUGGAAGAAAUGCCCAGUGAUAGUAGAACAUAGUUACAAAACUUAUAAUGUAGCUCGGACAGCAGCCAUGAAGAAGGCUGAUACAGGCGAAGUUUUAGAUUCGGAAGUAACGGAUAAAGAAAAGGGAAGAGGCAAACGACGUAUUACAAAAGCAAAACAUUUUGAUGAUACUGAUGAAGAUAUGGAUAAUGUAAACGCUGUUCUAAAUUAUAGAAAAAAGAAAAAGAAAGCCAUUGUGUCUAGUGAGUCUGAUGAUGACAGAAGAUCACUGCCUGCUGCAGAAGUAAGUGGGAUUAGAGAAAAAUUAAAAGCGCUUCAACAGAGAAAUGCAUCAACCUCAAAAGAUGUCUGUUGCAUUAUCUACACGAAAGAAGAGUAGCUCUGGAUAUGAUACGUUGGCG